CGGCGCCGCUCCCGCGGGCCUCUUCUGGCGCGGCCGCCUCGCGCGAGUCUUGCGCGGGCCCGCCCGGGGCCGGCAGCCGCGCGGUCAGCCACGGCGGCGGCAGGCGGUGCGCCAAGCUGUGCGAUGGCCGUGGCAGCGGGGCCGGCCGCGGUGCGGCCCGCCCUCGGCGCCGCGAAGGUUCUGCGCCAGUCUCUUGACGGGCCAGCCGCGAGGUCCGCGCUUGUGUUGCUGGCGGCCGCGCUGACUUGGCGCUCGGUGGACGGCUUCGUCAUCGACGCGGUGGAGCACCGGCCGACCUUCUACGGGGACGAUGCGGUCGCGGGCCCUCCGACGGACCUUCGCGUCGAGAAGCUCAGCGAUAGCGGAUACGACUCGCAGUACGAUUCUUCCGUCCAGAUCUCGAGGUUUACAUACAUCGGAUGCUUCGAGGCGGCGAUUUCCAUGGGGCCCUUGGUCCAGUACGUCGAAUCAUCAGGGGCAGCAGAUCCGUGGGAAUGCAUCGAGGCGUGCAGAGAGGUGAACAGCCUGAACAACACGAUGCGUCCCAUUGUGGCGGUAAGCGACUCCACCUGCGUUUGUGCUCAAGACGACAUUUCUCUGUUCACGGAGGAGACGGGGGCUUCAAUCUGCACAAACAGAUGCAAGUACUACGAGAACCCGCUCUGCGGCGGGCCCCCGUCUACCGUCCGUCCGGGCAUGACCUAUUACGGGGUAUAUCGCGAGUAUGAUUUCCAGUCCAUGUCUACACAGGGGGCAUACGACCCCUGGCGGUAUAUUUUCUACACGGUGGUUGCCAUCAAAGAGACGAGCAUCUCUGGAGGCAUCGGGGCGCCAUAUGGGGUCAUGCCCGAGAGGUACUUCCUGCACGCCGCGAGCACAACGAACGGAAGCGCCCUCUUCCAGUAUGCGCUUGAGAGGCCGAUCGGUGGUCUCAUCUACGGCCUCCAGUAUGACAUCGACUCGAAUCGGCUCGUCGGCCUGUUUACCAGCAGUUCUGUGGGGCGCAUCGAAAACGCGUCGGUCUGGACUUACGCUCUCGCGACAAUCAACAUCUACGCCUCCAAUUGGGAGUAUGUCGUUCUGUCACUGCAGCUCUCCGACAUCGCCAUUACAUUGUCCACCUCGAGCAGCUACCUUAACUACAACGGUGUGUCAGCGAUUAUGUCAGUCGGCCACGACCUCUACCUGUUCACUCAGGGAGACAACGCCGUUCAGAAGCAAGACAUAGCGGACAGGUUGUACAUCGUCACCAUCCCAAGUGGCAAGAUCAUGUUUCAGGCUCCGCUCUAUUUCCGGGUAGUGCAACUAUUUACGAACGAGAAGUACGGCGACAUCACGGCGAUCGGCCCGCGGUAUUUGUCAGGCACAAUUUCGGGAGCACACCAAUAUUUAUAUUUAGGAAGAAUAUACAAUGAUUCUACCACUGACCCGUGGUCGUCGGCCGUGGAUUGGCCGUUCAGCCCAAACAAUCCAACUUACGUCACGCCGGUUGCGAAUACUCAGGAUUUGAUGUUGUUCCCUGGAACGUGUGCGUCGGAGCAUUUGUACAAUACCAGUGCUAUUGCCUACAGGUAUGUUCCACAGGUUGCGUCACAGGCGGCCAUCACGGUCGCAGUGGUUGACAUUUCGACUGGCUCCUGGACGAAUUGGUGUAACUCGGGCACCUGCCAGGGUUCGAUGGAUCCCGAGAUCCCAUUUGCCUCCAUCAUUAAUCGAGAGCCAGGCAUUCCGCUCACUCUGAAGUCGCCAGCCUUCGAUUCGGUGCGUUUCAGCCUAGAUGGUUCCACCAUUACCGUCACCUUCGACCGUGCCACGUUGAAGGGCGCGCUGCCAGUUGACACCGAUGGAAACUACAUCCCUGAUUACGUUGAUUACACCACUGAGCAGACAGGCAUAUUUGAUUGUGCGCGCGCAUUUGCCACCGAUACAAUCACUUUGCUGGGACCAUACGACGAAACGUAUUGUCAGUGGAUCACGGCGGAUGCCAUCCAGAUUAAGUUGCCCGCUACUGGUAGCAACGUGGAGGUCGGAGACUCACUGUUCUUGCUGCCGAACGUUAUUUACACAGUGCCGCAAAAUGAGGAGUGGUCUGCAGCGGCGAGUGGCGGAUAUCCUAUUUCUCCGCCAGACCCCUUGGUACCGCCGGUGGCGGUGCUCUCUGGUGCGACUACGGUGGACGAUUGUUCGCCAGUGGUGAUAUCAGUGGUUGAGUCGUAUAACAUCGGCGGCUCGGCCACGUACAGCUGGACAUGGCUCACUGAAACUAACGAUCAGAACAACCCGAUUGACCUCACAAACAGUCCGGACAGGGAGUUUGAUGAGCAGAGGAUCGCGCUGAUACAGGCAGCGCUGGCAGAGGCCACGGCCAUGAACAAUGUCACGUUGACUCUGCCAGCCGAUUAUUUAGAAGGCGCCGCCAGCUACAUUAUAGUGCUUACCUUGGCAGGCCAGUGGGAAGCCGAGACAUCAAAAGAGAUCACGAUCACCAAGCUCAACUUCCCCGCCCCGUCCGUGUAUGUCGCAGGCGAAGACACCGUCUAUAAGAAGCGGACCGAGACGACAGCGCUCAAAGCCAUUUGCACCCCGUCCAUGUGUGAGACGAACGUGGAAGAGAAGCUUGGCUACUUGUGGAUAUCGGAUGACGACAAGUUAGACCUCGCUGACCUCGGCAUUGUGGCCACUUCUAGCUCGCUGUCAAUUUCGCCCUACACCCUCGCGCCUCCGGGCGUCGAAAGCACCGCCACGUACAACGAGUAUAGAUUCACGGUGCAGUGCUUCGUCGACUCGGAAGUCGGCCGCCUGGAGGAGAACCGUGCGAGCGACACGGUGAUUGUGCAGGUCUACAGGUCCGACGUGUACGUGCAGUUCAACACGGGGACGAGGGCCAUGACGCAGGGGGACGUGCUCGUGAUCGAUGCCCGCGGGUCGCAGGACCCAGACUAUCCCACGGCCGACGGCUUCACGUUCCAGGGCACCUUCAUGUGGUGGUGCCUGGACCCGGCGCGGGCCACCUGCUUCGGAGGCGAGGACGGCCUUCUGGGGAGCACCACGAACCUCCUCGACUGCAGCUACGACCUGGGGAACAAGAUCACGGAGGGUGGGACCACGUACUACGUGCCCAUUUUCACCGACUACAUCUACUGCAAGUACAACAGGGGAACGCUCAUGGUGGAUACCACGCACUUCGAGACCGGGGAGUACAAGUUCACGGUGGAGAUAACACACUACGACGGCCGGCAAGCGUCAGCUGACAUCUACAUUACUAUCGUCGACGAGGAUAUCCCGCGGAUCACACUGGAAAUAUUGAAUACGCAAGUGAUGUACCCCGUGACUAGCUCGAUUAACAUUGAGGGAACAGUUGAAGGGGAUGUCGAUGCGAGUGCUACGUACAGCUGGACAAUCUUCGCUUACGUCAGGAAUCCCGAGUACAACGCAGAGGAAGCAGCCGCAGCCGAGAACGAUCCCACGAACAGUUACAACAUCGACGAGUUCACAUUUGUUGAGCAGGCGAGCGUUUUCGACCUCAGCGACACGUCGAAAUUUGUGUGGGACCCGAUAACGCCGAACCUUGAAAUAAAGGCGAACGUCUUGCAGGCCUCCACAGUCUACUCCUUCCAGCUCAACGUCCACAUCGGUGACGUGUCCGGCUUCUCGAGUAUAGAGUUCCAGACUGCGGGAUUGGCCCCGCUCAACGGCGCAUUGCUCUGCGAUCCCAUGGAUGGUUCCAUCGAUACUCCACGCACUAUCACCGCCCCAGACUGGUCCGCCACCGACUCGCCGCUGUCCUACUCCUUCGGCUACAUUAACAAUGUCGGCGGCGACGCGGUGCCCGUCCAGCUCUCAAGUGGCGCCUUGCCGCUCUCUGAGAUCACCGUGAGCUACUUGCCUGAGGGGGAGGCGUCCACGGACUACUCUCUGUGGCUCUUCGUCGACGUGGCCACGCCAUUCGGUGCGACGACGAGGGCUCAGCUUCAGAUCAAUGUCCGCCCGACAGACGACCCUGACUCGGCUGUGACCAACAUCCUAGAGGACGCCGCGAAUGCAGAUGGAGCGGAUGUUGUGAACGUACUUAAUGUCGCUCUCUCGAUUGACCCGUCGGAUCCCGCGAUUCAAUCGCAGGUGUUGGGAAUCCUGACAGACGCUCAGGGCGACAUUCCGGCGACUUCUCAAGAACUUCUUGCGCAGAUCAAUCUGCUAGCGACAAUGGUCGAUGCUGGAGGCGACGGCGACGAGGUGCUCACGAUGCUCGAAACGCUGAUCAAUCAAGGGGAGCAAUACUUCACCACUGAUGCGAACUCGGAUGGGGAUCCGCUCGCUUCGCUGGCCUUCUACGCGCUGGGCGGUAUCCUGCCGGACGCCGCGGACGAGGCCGAGGCUGCGGCCAGGAGAUACCGGACCAGGAGGCUGGGGGCCAAACCGGCGAGGUCCUUGUUCGACCUCUUCCAAAAGCCCAGCCUGGACAUGAGCCACAGGAGCAGCGCGCGGAGGCUUGAGGCCGAGCGCCUGCAGGAGCUGCGCGACGCCGGCCGGCAGCGGUCGAACCACCCGCCGCCCCGGGGCUUCGGGCAGCCCGUGCACGCCUGCCCGACGGCGUUCUGCGACCGGCCCGCGCUCGCGUGCUUCUCCGGCAAGAAGGUCUCUGUCUGCUGCGACGCCCCCAACGCCGAGACCCUGUGCAACGAGCCCCCCUGCUGGUUCCGGGGCCUCGUUUGCCCCAGCGAUCCGGGCCCGGUGCCGCUGCGCAGCGAGCGGCGGGUUCGGCCGAGCACCUCGCGGCAGGUCAAGGCCCGCUGCAGAAGACUUGCCCCACCCCGACCAAUU